CCGCAUCACUUGGGCGACGCAUGGUGCAUCUCCUCCACCAAGGGACUCAUCUGGGAAAAACAAAGAUGGCGGAAUUGGUGCAGAAAAAGUUCAGGGCGCAAGAGCUGGGAAAAGAGAUUGAGGGGAUGGUUGAAAGAUGUGUAAGUUGCACCCAAGUAAAUCGCGCUGCAAAUAAGUUUUCAGAAGCUAAAAGAGAUAGAGGAACUGAGCCAGGCCGGUUUUGGGAAGUAGAUUUUACUGAAAUUAAACCAGGGAAAUACAGAUACAAAUAUCUGCUCGAUUUUUUUGGACACCUUCUCCAGGUGGGUUGAGGUGUUCCCCACUAAAUCAGAAAUGGCUCAGGUGACAGUUAAAAAAAUUAUUAAAUGAACUAAUUCCUAGAGUCGGGCUGCCUUUGAGCAUAGGAUAGGACAAUGGUCCGGCCUUCACGGCACAGGUAUUGCAGGGUCUAGCCAGAGCAUUGGGAAUAGAUUGGGAAUUACAUUGCUCAUAUAGACCCCAGAGCUUGGGUCAAGUAGACAGGAUGAAUCAGACUCUAAAGGAGACCUUAACCAAAUUGUCCCUUGAGACUGGCGAAAAUUGGGUUGAUGUUCUGCCUUUUGCCCUUCUGCGAGCACGUUGUACUCCAUUUAUCAAGGGAUUGUCCCCUUAUGAAAUUUUAUUUGGCAGACCUCCACCUAUCUUGCCGAGGCUAGGGGAUGACAUAAAGGAACAGCUAGAACAGGACCACUUGUUGGGUUCACUCAUGGCCCUGCAUCUUGUACAAAAGGAAAUAACUAAUGCCUUGAAAGAAGCCUUUGCCCAUCCUCCUGUUCUUCCCCACCCCUUUCAACCAGGAGACUUAGUUUGGGUCAAGAGGCACGAGCCUAAACCCCUGGAGCCAUGCUGGAAAGGACCACACACUGUGAUCCUGACUACACCAAUGGCCAUGAAGAUAGACGGUGUCCGAACCUGGAUUCAUCACUCUCAGGUUAAGAAAAACUGCGCGGAGGUGGGAACACCCAGGACUGAUACAGGACCAGAGAAUGAACAGCAAUGGAAGGUUAAAAGGAAUAAUAGUCUGGGUUUGUAUAAUAAGCUUGGGAGACUGUGUGGAACUGCACCCCUUGUCUUUUUAGCCAUACCAAUGGGAACUCAGACACUGUCACAGGGAAGGUAGUAACAUCUAACGCCUCUCAUACUAUGCCUUGUUUCAUGUUCGACCUGUGUGACCUGGUAGGAGAAGAAUGGGGGUUGCAAACCUGGGCAAGAGCUCUCGGAAACAUUGGGGAGAACAAUUUUGGAUGUGGAAAUAGGGCACUAGAGCAAAAUUUGGCUAAGAUGCAGACAGAAAAAAUGAAUGUGAAGGAGAGGGUCAAUACCACUGUGCCAAAUGGGGUUGUGGGAUGCUAGCCCCCUGGUUAACAGGACGGGACAUUGACCCCCUAAUUACUCUCCUUAGAACCCCGAACCCCCAAUGUGAGGCCCAGGGAAAAUGUAACCCAACACCAGCUCAUCUAUUUUUUCCUCAUUCUGAGAUACUGGGCACACUUGGGGCCUCCGAAUGUAUGAUGUCGUUGUGCCCUUGGGGUUCGCGACCAAUUUUAACCCUAGAGGACCUCCAAGGGCAGGGUUGGUGCAUAGUGUGUCAUGCCAACAAUUCCGGAUGAAUUCGAGACACUCUUAGUUUGGUAAGGAACAAUCUUAGAGCUAGGGAACGUGCCAGGGAGGCCAGCAAUAAUUGGUAUCACUCUUGGUCCCCCUGACUCACAUCGCUGCUCACCACCAUAGCUGGGCCACUACUGUUGUUACUUCUCGGGUUAACUAUCGGCCCAUGCAUUAUCAAUUGGUUAGUACAGUAUGUCAAGAGGCAAGUUGGUGAAAUAAAAAUUAUGAUUAGGUCCAACUAUGUCCCCUUAGUUCCUAAUGAUGAAUCAAGGGAUUGAUUCACGGACAAGAAAAGGGGGAAAUGUAAGGGUUAAAUUGUAGUGUAGGGCUAACCUGUAGCCUUAAGAAAUAAGAGUUUUGUUUUAACACUAUAGGUUAAGAGAUAACAGCCUUAUCCUAUCAAUCAGGGGGUGUGAUUAGUGUUUGGAUUGGGGCAAGGGCCUGUUUGAACUGUUUCCACCUGGGCACUAUUCCUUUGUUCUGUUCCCAGGUGAUAAGAUGAUGUGGUCGGCUAUAAAAACCCUGUACGCCAGCUGUU